AUGCCACUGUGCAGAUACCAAAGUGCUGCAAAGGUUUCUACGGGCCUGACUGCAACCAGUGUCCUGGAGGCUUCUCGAAUCCGUGCUCAGGGAACGGCCAGUGUGCGGACGGCCUGGAUGGCAAUGGGACGUGCGUUUGCCAAGAUGGCUUCCAAGGCUCCCAGUGUCAGUUCUGCUCUGAUCCCAAUAAAUACGGACCUCGGUGUGACAAAAAAUGUCUGUGCAUUUCCGGAACAUGCAAUAACAGGAUCGACAGUGACGGGGCCUGCCUGGCCGGCACAUGCAGAGAAGGCUCUGCGGGGAGGUUCUGCCACAAGCAGACCUCCGCCUGUGGGCCCUACGUACAGUUCUGUCACAUCCACGCCACCUGUGAAUACAGCAAUGGGACAGCAAG